UCUGAACAAGAAGCAAAUCGUGUUAGAACUGAAGAAUUAAGAGAACGAUUACGCCAAAGUAAAGAUCAAGCUAUUGAAAAACAAAAUGAAUUAUUCCAGAGACAACUUUCUGAACAAAUUGCAGCGAAUGAAAGACAACACUCUCAAAUGUUAGAGCAAAUGCGGAGAGACAAUGAGAGUUUGAGGAGUGCAAUAAAUAAUUCAAACAGGGACAGGGGUUCUCGUUGUGUAAUUUCAUAA